AUGAUCAAUGAAAUCAACAUUGUUUCUUUAAGUUAACUUCUCAAUAAUGUUCAUCUAUCUUAAUCUCAUAUAGAUGAAGCUGCACGCUUUUAUAUUAGACAUAUUCAUGAUUAAAAAUCACAACAAUCUCUUUGCGAAGAGUGGUGCAAUUAUUUUCACUUUGCAAAAGGAAAUGUUGAUGGUGAUAAAGUUAUCAUUUCUCUACUAUACAUGGCCUAAAGGGUUAUUGAGUCAAUCAUCAAAUUUGAAGGUGCAUGUAAGUUCUUUUUUAAUUCUAUUUAUAGAUGCCUCCAUGACUGAUGCAUUCAAAAAAUAAAUUAUCAAAGCCUUUCUUUUACUUAAAGAUUAUAAUUGGACUCAAGAUCUUAAAUAAUAAGUCAAAGAUUUAGUUAAAUAAUGGGAAGAUAAAUAAUUAUUUACUAAAAUUGAAGUUCAAAAUAUUCUUGAAAUCAUUGAUCCUACCAAAAUGAAUAAAGAAAAAACCAAAAAUUAGUUUGCACCUCCUUUAUUUCUAAUCAAUUUUGCAAAAAAUUACAAAGUAUAUUAAUUUUUGAACUAUAUUUCAGGAAUUAUAAAUUAGAUUAUAAAAUGCCAAUUAAUAUCAAAUGAGACUAGAUGAACUUAUUAAUUGUGGAGCAUAAGACAAAUUAAAUUUAUAUGAUUCCUUAUUAGAUUAAUAUUCUAAAUCUAUUGAAAGUGUAUAAAAAUAUAGAUAAAUCUUAAUCAAAGAUAUUAUUGAUAAACUCAAAGAAUUAGAUAAAAUACAUUCUAAAAGUAUUAUUGAUUUAAAGUAUCUAUCAUAUAGAGUCUAAGAAUUAAAAAAUAAAAAAGACAAAAGAGUGCAAAAUGAGUACUAUCAUGAAUGA